GCUCCAAGAUGGCGGUCAAAAUAAAUGAAAUAUAGUCUCAUUUUUGUUGAACCUGCAACAAACGCCUGUCAUGGCAAGCGCAGGUAACAUCAAUGCCUUAUAUAAUGAUCAGAUCAAUGAUCCAGCUUGCUUUCUUCCUGAAGGGAGUGAAUCUUUAUAUCAAUAUAUACGGGAGGAUUUAGAAAACGACACAAACUCAGACACUGAGGAAUUGACUGAAGAUCAAUGCACUUCAAAAGUGUUCUUGAAAGCAGCAGAAAAAGGCAGAGUUGAUUCUGUUUUAAAGAUGUUAGAAAAAAACGAAAGUUUGAUUAACUGUAAAGAUUUUGAUGGGUAUUCUGCACUGCAUAGAGCGUCAUAUAAUGGACAUGUUGAUAUGGUAAAAGUUUUGUUAAACCAUGGUGCAGAUAUUUGUAGUUUGACUGAAAAUAUGUGGCAACCAUUACACUGUGCUUGUCGUUGGGAUCAAACUGAAGUUGCAUCUGUCCUUUUACAAAAUCAUGCAGAUAUUAAUGCUCAAACAUCAGGAGGUCAAACACCACUACACCUUGCUGCAACAUACACAAGAGAUAACUCGCUAUUGCAAGUCCUUUUAACGGACAAAAAGCUUGAUCCUAAAAUUGUUAACUGUCAGAAUGAGACUGCUUUGGAUCUUGCAAAGAGAUCGGGAAAGGAGGCACUGUUUGAACUCGUUGAAGAUAGCAUCAUUGUACAAUGGUAGGGCUCAAUUCUAGAAAAUUAAUAAUAGAUGGAAAAAAAUAGAUUGCAAACAUACUGUAUUACUCAGAUGCAAAUCCAUAGUGGCCUAUUGGGGACCUAUUUGAAAUAUCCAUGUUUCAAGUUCACAAAACCUCACUGCAAAUUUGGAUAUUUUGCAGCUUAAUUGAAAUGGUGCAAAUUUAAUAAAUACAGACAUAUGACCUGUUCUUGCUUGGCAGAGUCAGUGGUAUACAUGAUAAUACCAACUUCCACUGCAUUUUUCCCAGCAAGUUCCUGUGUUUGUAUUGUAUACUAUGUGCUUCAUCAAAACGCUAUAUAGACUGUACACUUGCAUUUUUGCACAGCCAAUCAAAUGUCAUGAGACAUUUGCAUUCUGCAUUUGACAUCAUUUAUGAGAUUGGUGGUUGCCUAUAAUAAUCUUGGGUAAUAAUUCUGAAUAUCCACUUGACUCCCCUCAACAUAGUCACCAAACUCACUAUAAUUAUUUUGCAAG